UUUGCCAAAUCCGAAUACUCUCCUAGAAUUUGCACAUUGCAUUGUAGUACCUUGUUAAUCGAGUUACAGUAGGGUUUGUUCCCUUUUUUGGGCAGUUAAUUGCGUUAAUUGACUUGUGCUGUGAGAAGGAAGCUAUGACGGCGGAGAAGAAUCAACGAUACCUUAUGGUGCUAAUGCGUACAAAGAUCUGCGGCAUCGACCUCAUGAAACUGAUAACACCCGAGAAGGAGGCUGUGGAUUGGGAAAAUCUACCUCCGUUACCCUUCGAUUUCAGCAUGGAUCUUCCACUUGGCCGCACGUUCGCUUUGGAGUUGGAUUCCAAGAUUCAUCUCGUUGGAGGUCUCAAAUAUAUGUCCAGCUAUGAUUAUUCUUUUGAUCAUGCUUUCUAUACUCCUUGCAAUAAAGUCUACGAACUAGACCUUGACAAGAAGGAGUUAGAGGAGUCGAAAUCAAUCGAUGAUGCUCCAGAGUUAUCUGUUUCCGGGUACUCUACUCUUCACAAAAUCGGAAGUGAUUAUUAUUUUAUGAGGAUGUGUGGUCUAGGUGGUUUCCUACCCGACAAUGGUGCUCAGAAUUUUUGGGUUCUACGCUCUGGGACCAAGGUUUGGGAACACUUGCCUGAUGCUCCUGAUCUUCCUGAUCUUCCUUUCUACCAUUCCAUAAUUGAUCACAGUUCAUGGUUCGACUUCUAUGGUAAGCUAUACAUCCGACUCUGUUUGGAUGAUGGAAGAGUUGUCCUCUUCUCUUAUGACACCCAUAACCUACAUUGGACAACGACUGUGGGUGACAAUAGUUUUACGCGUUCUUUUUGUGUCCCACUGGCAUCCCAUGGCCAGCGUCGCUUCUUUCUUCCAAGGGUGCAUAUUCCAGAUUUGGUUGAUCCUGGCAAAUACCUGGCACUUUCAUGCGAAUGCAUUGAAGGGAAAAAAAGGAUAUAUGCAUUCCAGGUGGAUGAAUUGGGUGUCCUUUUCUUCCAAAGGCUUGAAGGCUGCUUAGAUAGAAUGCCGUCCUUGUAUGAUGAGAAAACGCCUGUGCUUGUUGAUCUUGAUGGCAAAGGCAAGUUUAUUGUUAUGGUACCUGGCUCUGCAAAGGAAGAAAAAGAGGACCAGGUCCUCUUUGUGUUGGUUCUUCAGGUUGUUCCAAAGAAGUUUGUCAACCAUCCCUCCCGGGUCCUCCGUAGGUCUGUGAGGUCCCCAACGGAGUGUGAGUUCUUAGAUUGGAAGGUCCUUAGCAUGCACAUGUACAGCAUGGAGGUCCCGAAGUGGGGAAUAAGAGAUUAUUUGUCUGCUGUCUUUAUUUUCCCUGACAUCCAGUGGGAAGAAGAGAAUGCCCAGGAGGGGAAAAAGAAAUAGGCAUAUUUGAAUUUAGAACAUGCUUGCUUCGAAAAGGUGUUUGUUGAUCAAGUAAUGUUGUGCACGAAUAUAUUUUGAAGCAAUCAGAUAUGGUUGUCUAAUGAUCUUAAAUGUUUGGAAUGUUUUUAAAAGUAAUUUUAGAUGACCAACACUUCUUUAUUUUUACCUUAUAUUUGAAAUAACAUCAGCUAACUCCUUUUUUUUUUUUUACUUAAUACUAGAAGUGUUAGCCCUCUAAUAUUCCUCAAUUUUAAAAUCUGAAGAGGAGGAUACAUACCACUAAUUAAAGUCAUUUACUUACCACAUAAUAGCUUAGAAUGGUAAUAUUGUAUAUUUAAUCAACAUAUUCGAUGGUCAAGAUUUAUUCUUUCUCAUUCUUACAUUUGACUACAAUAGUGAUUUAAUAUAUUUUUCCUAUUAGCAAAACAGAACAAAAUUGCAGGAUUCAUUUUGGAAGUAGUUAAUGAAAUGAAGAAAGAGGUCUUGGUUAUAACUUUUACCGAGCACUUACUAAUGAAUAAUGAUAU